GUCGUCGACUGGCUAGACUCUCUUUUUUGCACAGCUCGACUCGACGUGCCUCUUCCUGUCUAUUCUACUUUGUCAGCCUCGUCACUACUGCACACACACACCCACACACGGCAGGCUGGUCCUCCAUUCAAGCACACCUCGCACGCGACAGACACCACCCCCGACCGCCUCCCCUCCAGGCGCGCUCACCUUCCACGCGGUGACUCUAACCACACCGGCAUCGACGUGGCGCGCAACCCCAACCCCCCGCGCAUCAUGUUCUCCCUCCUGCACAUUCUCUCCUAUGUUGGAGGAAUAACAGCCUUUGUCUUCGUGACGUUAUCCCUAGCGAGUGGCCUCCUAUGGCUCGCAGAGCUCAUCGAGGAGCACUCGAGGAUUGCCAAAGUCGUCGGCAUCCGGGCCAUCUAUGCCAUCAUGGUGCUGCAUGUCCUGCUGUACAUUACCGACGGCCUACCCCUCCUCCCUACGCUCUUCUCUAUCGCAUGCCACGCCGUUUAUAGGCAGCACUUCUCAUCACGGUGGCCCUUCAUCUCCCUCACGUCACCCGUGUUCCUCCUCUCGUGCGUCCUCGUUGUCGCGGAUCACUUCCUGUGGUUCUUCCACUUUGCCGGCGUCGCCCAGGAGGCCAAGAAGUACAGAGCAUCAAAGUACCGCUACUCGGCCAACACUCAGCCCCACAAGGACGCCCCAACAUUCUUGGACGUGGCGGUCUUCUUCGCCAUCUGUGUGUGGUUCAUCCCACUCUUUCUCUUCCUGAGCCUGAGCGCCAACGACAAUGUCAUUCCUUCAUUUGAUACCUCGGCCCCUCCAUCCCCAGCUCGUGGAGCCAUCGACAUCUCGUCUCCAGGCGGAGCCAAACCCUCGAGAACGGUUCGCUCUUCGUCGUCGCUUGUCAAGUCUGUUCUUACCCCUAUCGUGAACCUCAUCCCUCACCUUGGGCGGAAGAGCAGGGAUGCUGAGGGUCUUAUCGCGCCACGGGCAGGCAGCCCUUUACCCCCAAGUGCCAACAGUACGAGUUACUUCCCUUGGGGAGCCGAUGCUUCAAGCGCCUCAACGUCUCCAUCAGCAUUCUACCCUCCGGCGUCGGUGCCAGACUUUAGCCUGCGUGGCCACACGCCACCUCCCCCAAGACGUAUUCCGUCAGAGCCCCCCAGGUCUCGCUCGAGCAUUUCGAGUGAGGUUGACGACGCGUCGAUCAUUCCCCCGCCCAAGUCGACGGUGGGUGGGCCGACUGGGCGGAGGUCGCCUGCGAGAAGCCGGACGAUGCCCAUUGAGGCAUUGUCAGAUGGUGGCUCCAAGAGCAAAGCGGAUUAACGUUAUCCACCAUGCAUUACAUGUCUGAGAG